AUGAGUGAUGAGGGCAUGACAGAGGAAUUUACACGUGAACAGUUGGCCAAUGAUUUUACUCUCGCGGUGCUCCUGAGUGAUGUCACCUGGCUCGCUCACCCCCAGCAGGAGCUUCUGCAGGAGAUGAUGGCAAACACGAAAGCACCACAAAGACGCACCACAACAGAAGCACCACAGAAGCACCACAACAGAAGCACCACAACAGAAGCACUACAACAGACACAACAGAAGCACACAACAGAAGCACCACAACAGAAGCACCAUACAAAGCACCACAAGAAGCACUACAACAGAAGCAAUCCACAACAGAAGCACUACAACAGAAGCAAUACAACAGAAGCACCACAACAGAAGCACUACAACAGAAGCACUACAACAGAAGCAACUACAACAGAAGCACCACAACAGAAGAAUACAACAGAAGUACACAACAGAAGCACCACAACAGAAGAACCACAAGAAGCACCACAACAGAAGCACCUAAAAGACACCACAACAGAAGUACUACAAAAAGCACCACAACAGAAGCACACAACAAGACACCACAACAGAAGAACCACAAAGAAGCACCACAACAAGCACCACAACAAAAGCACACCACAACAGAAGCACCACAACAGAAGCACCACAACAGAAGAACCACAAAAGAAGCACUACAACAAGCACCACAACAGAAGCACCAUAACAGAAGAACCAAAAGAAGCACCACAACAAGCACCACAACAGAAGCACACCACAACAAGCACUAUAACAAGCACCACAACAGAAGGUGGAAGAAGAGCGACAGAGCAAGAGAAGCAACAGGAGACUUAUAAGAACGAGAUGGACCACUGA